AUGUGGUUAACUUAUGGAGCCAGCCCAUCAGAGAUUGGUUUGAUUUUCUUGGCUCCUGGUAUUGGAUUAGCUUUGGGUAGUUUUACCGGUGGAAAGGUCUCGGAUUUACUACUCAACUGGAAUAUUAAAAAACGUGGGGGUAAUUAUUUUCCUGAAUUGAGAUUGCAUGGAGCUUGGUGGGGUGCCUCUUUAAUACCAUUAAGUUAUUUUUGUUUUGGUUGGUUCCUUGAAUAUAAAGUGUUCGUCGUCUAUCCUGUCAUUGCCAUGCUGAUCG